AUGCUGCGGGGUCCCCGUUUCAGGUUUAGCGCCAAAGUAGACGUGCAAGAGAACGAACAUCACCUCACCACUUCACCCAUCACUUCGUCUCGACUCGCGAGUAUCGCUAAUUACGCCCAGCACAAUGUGCUCAUACACCCACAAUCCCCUUCAUCCUCAAUAGAUGCUCGAAUGGACCCGGCUCGACCGCCGGCGCCUGGCCGGAGCACCUCGGCGCAACACUUCGAGAGCAAGCUCAGCCAGCAAUUAUCACAACCCAGACACUCCGAGUCUAUUGACAUUCACUCCUCGCCCAAAUCCAAGUCGCGCUCCCUUUCCGAUGCAUCCAAACCUUCUCCUUCCGCCUUCGCCCACUCCCAACCGGCAACCGGUGACUUGAGUCGGCCCCCCAGUAAAGACGACAGUGUAAUCCCUUCACUGCCUUCCACCCCAAGUCGUCCUCAACACAACCCAAGCCUGUUGAUCAACCUUCCCUCCAAGGCCGCUGGCUCGCCUCUCACCAACCGUGCUCCUCUCUCUCCUCAACUCGAUUCAUCCCAGAUUUAUGGAUCCCCGGGCUCCGUGCUUCCGCGGCGAUCUCGGGGCCUGGACUUCUCUCGCGCUUGCACCAACCUCCACCACUCGACCCUCGCCGAGUCGUCGCCCGACUCAUCCCCCACGAUUGGAGGUCGCGGAAUGACUAUCCCUCAGCGCCGUGGCUCUCUCAAUCUCAACUCCACCUCGGUGCCGGUGUUCUCAACGUCAGGACCGGCCGACCGUACCGCCAUCUCCAGCUCCGUCUCAAGUGUGAACAUGAUGGAAUCAGACACUAGCAGCAGCGAAGACGAUGAUGCCGCUAUGAUGGACCGCGAUGAUCCUAUGCUGAAUACUCCUCAAGCCAACCGCAUCGCCAGUGGGCCCAGUCCCUUCACAACGGGCAACAUCCAAAGCCCCGGAAACGACUGGAUGGGCGCAUUCUCAGGUCCGGUGGGCAGCCUAUUAAGCUUCCAACGUGCACGCUUCCGCAAUAAAGGACGCAGUCGACACAGCUCCAGCAGUGCCAGCGGCAACAGCUCUAAACCCAGUCCUGGCCCGCACUCUCCACCAGUGAUGAAGAGUGUCGAGAACUCCGUGGGUGGCUACUUUGCUCCACGACAGAGUGCUCAUGGCCGGCGUGAGAGCUUGAGUCUGGGUACUCAUGAUCUACGACUCUCUGAUCUUAGUGAUGAUGGAGAGCAUCGUGCUCGUGCAGGCAGCCCAACGGCUGCUGCUCAUUCUGAGGGAGGCGGAGGUCCACUGGGGGUGAUCCGCCGUGCUGUCACUCGACGAGGAAGUUUGUUGGUAUGUUCAAUUCUAUAUUUCACUUCUUUGGCCUUUGGCUUUCAUCCCGUUUUAUUCUAA